GCCGUGCCUCGCCUCUCAGCGCGGCGGCGAGGGCCGGGCAGCGCUGUAACUGGAAACCGGAGCCUUCACCGUCACCGCGCGGCCACUUUCCAUUCACUUCUAGGUGCUUCAUUGAGGGCUGGGGAGAAGCGCUCCCGGUGCCUUAAGGAUUAUUUUACAAAGGAACUGGGAGUACCUUUGCAACCACGAGGAAGAGAGACUUUUCUUUAUGUGUUUUUAUUUUAUUUCCCCUCCCCACCGUGAGCCAGGUUUGGAAUUAAAACGUUCUGGUAACAGGAGUGGAGCCCAUAAACUGAUAGAAACCAGAUAGAAAUCUGUAUUACUGGUUCCUCCAAUAGCUGGGUUUCAUUUCUUGGAUAUUAAGUUGCAAAUCUGAAGAGAUGGCACUUGCACUGCACCUGGUGAUUGGGAUAUUUAUUUACUUUAGCAGUGUGAAAGGAUCUUCCCAGCCUCAAGCAAGGGUGUUUUUAACAUUUAAUGAGCUGCAAGAAACUAAGACCUCAGAAUAUCACAGAAUAUCACACAGUCCUCUGGAUUACAGGAUAUUAUUAAUGGAUGAAGAUCAGGAUCGGAUCUAUGUGGGCAGCAAAGAUCACAUUCUGUCUUUGAAUAUCAAUAAUAUAAGCCAAGACCCUCUUAGUAUUUUGUGGCCAGCGUCAGCAAACAAGGUUGAAGAGUGCAAAAUGGCUGGCAAAGAUCCUACACAUGGCUGUGGAAAUUUUGUGCGGGUGAUACAGUCAUACAAUCGCACACACCUGUAUGUCUGUGGCAGUGGAGCCUUCAGCCCAGUGUGUGUGUAUGUCAACAGGGGACGCAGGUCUGAGGAACAAAUCUUCAAGAUCGACUCCAAGUGUGAAUCAGGGAAGGGACGCUGUUCUUUCAACCCAAACGUGAACACAGUGUCUGUUAUGAUCAAUGAAGAGCUUUUUUCAGGAAUGUAUAUUGAUUUCAUGGGGACGGAUGCGGCCAUUUUUCGGAGCCUGACCAAGCGGAAUGCCGUGCGAACUGACCAGCACAACUCUAAGUGGCUGAGUGAGCCUAUUUUUGUAGAUGCUCAUGUUAUACCAGAUGGCACUGACCCCAAUGAUGCCAAAAUCUACUUUUUCUUCAAAGAGAGACUGACAGACAACAGUGGCAGCACCAAGCAAAUUCACUCAAUGAUUGCAAGAAUAUGCCCAAAUGAUACAGGUGGUCAGCGUAGUCUUGUGAACAAGUGGACCACAUUUCUGAAAGCAAGACUGGUGUGCUCAGUAAUGGAUGAAGAUGGAACAGAAACAUACUUUGAUGAACUAGAGGAUGUAUUUCUUUUGGAGACAGAUAACCCCAGAACAACGCUUGUGUAUGGAAUUUUUACAACAUCAAGCUCCAUUUUCAAAGGCUCAGCUGUGUGUGUGUAUCAUUUAUCUGACAUCCAGACUGUGUUCAAUGGGCCAUUUGCACACAAGGAGGGCCCAAACCAUCAGCUGAUUCCAUAUCAGGGCAGAAUUCCGUACCCACGACCUGGCACUUGUCCAGGCGGAGCCUUCACACCCAAUAUGCGGACAACCAAAGAGUUUCCAGAUGAUGUUGUGACCUUCAUUAGAAAUCACCCUUUGAUGUAUAAUCCCAUUUACCCAAUACAUAAGAGGCCAUUAAUCAUCCGGAUAGGAACGGACUACAAGUAUACAAAGAUUGCUGUGGACCGAGUGAAUGCUGCUGAUGGAAGAUACCAUGUCUUGUUUCUUGGAACAGACCAAGGAACUGUACAAAAAGUUGUUGUCUUACCCACCAAUUUCUCUGCAAGUGGAGAACUCAUUUUAGAAGAGCUGGAGGUUUUUCAGAGUAAUUCUCCUAUAACAACAAUGAAGAUUUCAUCUAAAAAGCAACAGCUGUAUGUGAGCUCAGAGGAAGGGGUCACGCAGGUCCCCUUGCACCGCUGCCACAUCUAUGGGACCGCCUGUGCUGACUGCUGCCUCGCCCGGGACCCGUACUGCGCCUGGGAUGGCAACUCCUGCUCCAGGUUCUAUCCCACAGGGAAAAGGAGGAGUCGUAGGCAAGACGUGAGACAUGGAAACCCUCUGACUCAGUGCCGAGGUUUCAACCUGAAAGCAUACAGAAAUGCAGCAGAAACAGUCCAAUAUGGAGUGAAAAACAACACCACGUUUCUUGAAUGUACACCCAAAUCUCCCCAGGCUUCUAUCAAAUGGCUGCUACAGAAAGACAAUGACAGAAGGAAAGAGGUCAAGCUGAAUGAGAGGAUCAUAGCUACUGAGCAAGGACUUCUCAUUCGCUCUGUCCAAGACAGUGAUCGGGGGCUUUAUCACUGCAUCGCAACAGAGAACAAUUUCAAGCAGACCUUAGCAAAGAUCAAUUUCAAAGUUCUGGAUACAGAGAUGGUGGCCUACAUGACUGACAAGUGGUCCCCUUGGACCUGGGCCAGCUCAGUGCGAGCACUGCAGUUCCACCCAAAGGACUUUGUGGGAGCUUUCAGCCACUCUGAAAUGCAGAUGAUCAACCAAUACUGCAAAGACAGUAGACAGCACGGUCAGCGGAGGGAAGAACCCCAGAAGCUGAGAGGGGAUUACAGCAAACUAAAGGCCCUUAUCAAUAGCAGGAAAAGUAGAAAUAGAAGAAAUCAGUUACCUGGUUCUUAAUUUGAUUUUGCAGCAAGAGAUAUCUUUGUCCUCACUGUAGAGGGCUUAUAUUUGUCUAUUGAGAACAAAGUUGAGCAAAUACAAUGAAAAAUUAAAUGAAAUUACAGCAAGCCUCAGAAAAGAUCCUUCUCCCAAUAAAAUGCAGUGUAACACAACUUAAAGAAAAGAUGUGGAGCAUUUUCAGUCCUAGAUGCUUACUGGCACUAGGUUAGGCUGUGUCGUGGAAACAAAAGUGAGUGUUCUCCUUAAAUCAGAUUCAUAUUUAAUAUCUCGAUAUUUAAUUACAGUUGAACAGAAAUUUUUACAAACUCAGUGCAGUAUCUGGCAACUCUGGGACUGUACUAGACUGGUGGAGGAAGAAUCUGGGUUAAGAUGCACACUCCAAGUAGGAUGGUACUAAAAUUUCUUUGCACUGCAUUAUGAACAUGAGUUUCUACUUGUUUACUGAUUGAUACUGGGUUUACAGCUUUUACUCAUUGUUCAAAUCAUGUGAAUACAUGCAGAUAAGAUGCAAGUAAAGUAUAGUAGAAAUGUUUCAUUCAUUCAGAGGUCAAAUGAAGGAAUGAGUAGAAAAAAAAGUAAAAAUGUUUUUAUACUUUGUCAGAGGAAACACUGAUUAUUGUGCAUAGUAUGAGUUGUAAUAAAUUAAUGAGUUCUGGAAUGUAACUUAAAAUAUCUCUGCUCAUAUUGAUUUUUAUUAAUAUACAAUGUCCUGUAACACUACAUAGCUUUAUAAGUGGUACAACGCUAACAUGAGAAUGUUCAUUAUACAUACAAUUUUGAAAAGCACCUAAGUGACUUGGGUAUUUUAGCUGUUUUCAAAGAAUUACACUCCUUUGGUUUGUUUUUCAAAAGACAGAAUGUGUAGACUGUUUAUUCAAAAACAAUUCUUUAAUCUAUGCCAUAGUUAAACUGAGAAUGGCCUGCAAUAUAGAAACAAGUUAUGACCAUCCUUGAAAAUUUUAAAAAUUAUUUUCUCAGCUUCUCAACAUGCAAAAUGUUAUCUAGAUUUUUUAAAUUACAGCAUUUCCACUUUUCUUUUUAACGUUAUUUUCACAGUUUCCUCCUCUAUUCUGUUUUUCUGCUGUAAAGAAGAUACAAAAAAGAAAUGAAAAAUGAAAAGAUAAGAAAGAGAGAAAAACAAAAUUUAAAGAGCUGGUUAGGGUCAAAAACCAAAAAGUACGACAACAUUUUGAGAGAUAUGUUUAAUAGAAAUAUUUUUGUUUAAGUAGAAGCUGUCAGGUCUAAUGAAGUAUGUCUUGUUGCCAAUUGGUUGCAUGUGCAUCGAGCUAUCCUGCUAAAACCAAUCACCUUUUUUUUGAGAAUCACCAAUACCAAAAAAUAGGGACAGGUGUUCCUUAUUUUACUCUGUAAGACUGUUUCAGAAUCCACUGAAUCUCUUCAGAGGAAAUAAUCUCCAGGGAUUAAAUCUGUGGGAGUAUCUUAGAAAAAAAUAUGUUUGUUUUUUUUUAUGAUGGUGUCAGCUAAUUAACUAAGCAUAGUCAGCUCAAAAAAAAGUAAUUUUCUAAAAGGCCAUUCAAUGAAAAUAACUUCUAAGCCCAGCACAGUUAAGAAAAAGUGGUUAGUUUCAGCCAAUAAUGUGGAUAUUGUACUUUAAAACACAGUUUUAAAAAAUGUAAUGGGUGUUUGUUGAAACUCUUGGGCAUUAUUUCGAUUCUACACUGGUCAUAACUCUGCAGGGUGUAGGAAGACACCUCAAGUUUCAUGCCAGUGUGAAUUAAGAUCUAGUGCAGUGGAGUUAACUCUGUUACUGAGAUGAUACCUGAUUUCUUUAUGUCAUAUCAUUGCCACCUGACAUAGAAUAGCUGGGAAAUGGGCCCUGAUUUGUCUAACCACUUAAACACUCUCCCUAAGACCCUUUGAUGCUGAUGGGGGUUCUUGGACUUCGGUUUAUGUCCUUAGUGCUUGUUUCAAAGGGGAUGGCAAUGCCUGCCUGUUCGUAUAUUACCAUGUAGCUAAGUGCUUUCAUUAAUCAAGGCCUAAAUGCACGUUUCUGCAGCAUGCAAACACUGCUAUCUGUGGUUCUUCUCAUGGAAAUCAGUGGGUAAAAUCUCUCUUUGACUUCCGUGAGCUUGAAUCUGGCCCCAAGAGCUAGCAAAACAUUUUCUGGUGGGAAAAAAAAAAAAAAAAGAAAGAAAAAAAAAUGGAGAUGGAUUUUUGGUUUUUUUUCUGAGGAUGACUGACUUCUGGAGUGUGUAACUUACAAACCAAAAAUUGAGUGCCACAAAAUGAAACUACCUCCUGGAAUGACAUUAGUGCAUAUGCUCUGUAUGCUGCCAUGCUCUUCCUAUCUCCCCAGCAGAUUCACCGCAGAGUUAGUGUGAUCUUAAUGUCUAUUGUGAGGAUCGUAAUCGCUUCCACAUGGAAUACGAUGAUUAAUAAGUAUUUAAGGGUACAAUUUACUCUUUAAGUGGUUAGGUACAGUGAUGUUUUAAUAGGCCUCCAUUAGGCCUCAGAAAUUAUAGUUACACUGUUUUCUGAUAGAAUAUUGGCAAUAAGGGAUUCCGUUAAAACAAUCAGCAUAGCUCAGAGUUUCAUGUGAUUAUAAAAUAAUAUUUUUAAAGCUGCUUCAUAUACCAUUAUUAUGGUAUGACUGUUUAAGGGAUUAUACUUAAACUAACAUUUUUCCUGCUGCAUGAAAACUUCAGCAUAUAUAUAAUAAGCUUCUGUCAGUGCGUAAGCGGUCCAAGCUUCCAUGCUUUAGCAGCCUUCCCCUGUGUAUAGAGCAGUCAGGAGCCAGAUGCUCAGCUGGUAUAAACUGAUGGAACUUCCUUGCUGUCCAUUUAGCUACUGUGCUUUCUGCCAUCUGAGUGUUUGGCCCUAAAUGUACAGAAUACACGAACUGCAAUUUUCCUUUGUUUCAAGUAGCCCCUCUACUGUAGGCGACACCAAAACUUAGGACUGUAAUAUUGUUUGUGCUAUUUAAUACUUCCUAUUUUGAGGAUUACUAAAUAAUGUAUAUAAUUUUAUUUCUUAAAAAAUACAAAAGCAAAAAGACUUCUAGGUAUAACUUCACCAAAUGUAAAGAUAUGUUCUCUGCUAAGAACUUCACCGUGUACUGAUAUUUUUGGGCUAUUUUUAUUUUGUGUAGUUUGUAAAGUUUGCUGAAAUCUUGACCUAACGAUGUGUUCUUUGCAACUGUUGUUACUGUAGAUAUGUGUGUUUUAUUAAGAAAAUCCUGUUUUUAAAAGUGUAGGUAUGUGUAUAAGUUUCCAGCACGAUGAAACUGUCAUUACAGUGAAUAUGCAUUAUAUAGUGUGUAAGAAAGAACAAAAUGUAGUUUAAAAUAGUAAUAUUUAAUUGAAUACCUAAAAUACUAUUUGCCUGACAAAAUAAAGUGUGUUGCAACAACUUAA